CGCUCUCGUAUUGCGCGUGCACACACUACUCUGACCGUAAUGUAUCAGACUAUUUUGGCAGACAACACUAACUACACUACAACUCACUAUUAAGGCCUACUGUCUCUACAAUGUACACUACCCUGCACUACAUUCACGCCAUCUUUUCCAUCGUCGUUCGAUCCUCGCGAUUGACAGCAUAUGUUCCCUCUCUCGGUUACACUCCGUACCUCUUACUCAUCUUUCUCUUUACUCUCGUUCGUUGCUUUCUUCAAAAAUCAAAUCAAACAUCCACAAUUCCAAUACGAGCACUAACUAGCCUACACACAAUACCAAUUCGCUUUCUGUUCUUACGAGUCUCUUGUUAGGUCUAAACAAGUAAUUCUUUUUUACUUGUUGGUU